AUGGACGCGGACGACAGCUUCACCUUCGGCUUCAACGGCCAGUCUUUGCCAUAUUCGUCAUCCUGUCCCUCUUCGUCCGGCAGUUUCUCAUCAGCCUCUUCGCUCUACGAUGCCUUGACCCCGCCGCCCAGAAACUCGACCCCACAGCACCCCAUGGACUUUGAUAUCGCCUUUGGCAAUGACACCAUGAUGUUCGACGACUUCACGCCCUCGCCGCCAUCAACUUCUGCCUGCUUCCCUUUAGACAUGAAAUCAACCGUGGCUCCCAAUAUGCUGUGCCAUGGCCUGCCAAUGACGCCGUCUCGGAGCAGCAGCUCGGCGGCGGCAUUCCAGAACAAUGUGGACUUUACUCCAACACAGGGCAUGGACGCGUACAAUUUCAUGGACUCUCUCAUGAUUCCGACUCCAUCUCCACUGUUUAGUAGCCAUAUUCCAAACUGCGACAUGACAGCAAUCUGGCAGCACCAUGCGGAUGGGAGUCCCAUAACUUUUGAGCGGACUUCGUCACCGGUCGUGGCCAUGACAACCCCAACGCCCGGCCCUCUGGGAAGUUCCCACGGCAAUGUCAGGCGAAGGAUUGUCAUGGACGGGCCUCAGCAAAAGUCGGCAUUAUUGCAGCAGAGCCUUCCGAAGACAAAUUCCAACAAGGGUCGCACGUCAAAGUCCAAGCACAUGGCAGGAAAGCUUCCUCCACUCCAAGAAGGCUUCAAGGUCUCCAAGGCCCCGGCGAAUAGGCACAGAUGUGAAUAUCCCGAGUGCAAUGGUAAAAGCUACUCGAGGCAGGAGCACUUGAAGAGGCAUUACAAUGAAGCACAUUCGGAUAAUCCAGAAACAUGGCGCUGUGAAUUCUGCGAGACUCCCAAAACCUUCGGCAGGUGCGACAAUUUCCGAGACCACCUCAAGCGGCACAUCGAAAAGUCUGCUGGAAGCAGGACGAGACAUGAGAUCGGCGCUGCUAUCUUGCUUGCGGAAAUGCAGAGUAAGAUGAAGAACAAGAAGAAGGCUACCACAAGAUCAACGACGCCAAGCACAGAUGAUGGUAUGAAAUGCGAUGGCAGCCUUCUCUCAAAGUCUGCGCGGAGUCUGGUGAAGGCCGAACCUUCCUAG